ACAAUUUCAUACCAAACGUUAUCAAAAUGGCAGCGAAGAGUGGUGGUGUCGUCGAGUGGGCUUCAAUAAUAAAGCCAAUUUUAGCUGCAUCUUAUGGAUCUUUUAAUAAAAACGAGAUAAUUGAGCUUGUUAAAGCUAUAAUAAAAAGCGAAGCAGAGUUCUCUUCACAUGAUGAACAGCACGAAGCCUUUUAUACAUCGUUUGCGGCCCUUGCCGCAGAUUAUAUUGCCGGAAGCGCUGGAACAUUGUCCAAAAGUCAAAUUCCGACAGUUUGGCAAGGAUGCAGAGUACUUCUUACUUACUUGAUUGGCAGACUCCCUCAAUCCCAGCUUGGCGAUGGGAGUCCUACCGUUUUACUAACAAAGCAACUACUUCUUCCAAUCCGUGCAUUAUGUAUCGGGCAAUCAUUGUUGACGAGGACGGAAGAAAUUACACUUAUUGCGAUAAUGAAAAAUGCAAAAUUACCCUCACAUAUAAAGACAUCGCCACCUAGUGGAGAGAAAGAAACAUCUCCGCAACCUAUCAAGGAAUCAAAACGAGCUCGUAGUGAUUUGUCAUGCAGUAUACUUGAACAACUGACAACGCCGCUACAAGAUUUUGUACCAACUAUGAACUUAAAAAAUGAACCAACAUGCGAUAGCACCAAUAAAAUUGCUUCUGAUUCGGCUAACAAUGAUGUGAAUGCAGAUGUAAAGAUGCUAUUCAUAUCCAACAACAUAAGCACUCUCCAGUGUAUGGGUGCAGGAGAUACACUACUCGAUAUGUGUACAAAUCUUCCGUAUUUGUCUCGAUAUACGCGAAAGUAUCAAGCAUAUCUGAAUAGAAAAGGGUUUAGUCUUCCAUCCAACCAUUCCGAAGCACACAUAAUUCGUCACAGCCUGCAUGCAGUUGUCAAUGAUAUCAAUAUCGUGCAUAGUGUUGUAUCGUUGCCAAUUCUCGAACCCUUGACACCUGCCAAACUUGAAAAGUUAUCAUUGUUGACAAUGUCCUGCCUAUAUUGUUCAAUCGCCAAUGCCACAGCCUCGAGCAUUGUUGGUAUUAGUAAUGCAGUAUCACCCAAGUGCAGUACAAACACUUCAACAAAUCAACAAGGAAGCCAAGGCGCAAAAGGAACAGAAGAAGAAUAUGAUACACUGGCCAUUACAGUUGUUGAAAAAAGUUUAGAAAUUUUCGGAAUUGUCUCCAACGUGAUCAAAUACAGUACCCGUGCUGGUGGACAUAUAUUACAAAAUCAUCUCCUCAUUGGGGUUUGGCUUUUAGUCGCGGGUCUUCAAGCUCAGCUUUCUAUAAGUAGUUUCAGUGCAGGUGACAAAGGCAAAGAAGAAAAAGGGAAAUCCCCCAGCAAAUCGAGAGACGGAACCGGCCGUAUAAACUUAAUGAAAGUACAACAGGGAUUUGGUGUUCUCUCUGUUGCUCUCGCCUCUCACGCUCUCACAUUGAUGAGUCCACUGCUGGAGGAUGUAUCUGUAGAGGCCGGACCAGACCGUCCCCCACCUCCUGAACCUGCACCACUAGAUAUUUUGGCAACUGCUAGCGCAUUGCAAAGAGCUGUUACAUUCUUACAAGCAGCUCCGCUGAAUCAUCUCCUUUUUUACUUGGCCACCAUCAGUUACAGAAAGGCAUGUACUUUGAAGAGAGUUCAAAAACAUCCGUUUGAAGGUGAUACCUUAAGUCAAUCUGACUCCACCACGUAUUACGAAGACCUCUUGAGCUGCUCUGAUGAAAGCUCGACCGAUGAAGAACAAACUGUUAUGUCGGUAGAGGAGGACAGCGAACCUAUCCUGGGACUGUGGUUUGAGGAAACGCUUAACCCUUCUGAAGGAUCUCCCACCAACACAGCCAAGGAGCCCAAUAACGAGACCAACACGGAGAGAACUACAACUGCUAUUGUACCUGACAAUCGAGAGCCCCAUGGAUACAUAUCUUUGGCCACGCAGAUCUUUCAAUUUAUGAACCAGCACCUAAUUGGUAGUCGAAGCCUUUUUAUCCGUGAAUAUGUCGUCCAUGGUCUGGUAGAACAGCAGAUGGUUAUUCUUGCGGCCAUUAUUCGAGAUCUAGAUCAUGAAACUGCGAGAACUGAAACAGGUACUAUCUCUGUAUUCUAUGGAGCGACAUUAGGGGCAAUGUACUCUGAGUUUUCGCAAGCUUUGAGUCGCUACACCCAUAAUCUAUUGGCUCGAAAUACUCUAAGUGAAGCUCUGCAGAAUACCCUGCUUCACCAUCUGGGGGUCAGCCCUUGGUCAGUAGAAAACAGCACACCUUCCUGGCCACUACAAGUGUAUCCAAGAACUCUAAGUGUUUUGGCACAGAUUUUACUGUUGAAGCCGCAGUCGGAAAAAGAAGCUGCCUGCAUAAGUAUUUGGCAUCGGCUAGUAACAACUAUGGUAGAAAAUGUCUGCAACCCUCCAGCUACAUUUGAAGCUGAAAAUGAAGAUCUAAAUGUGGAACAUGCUCAGCUAGUACUGUUUUUGUUUCACUCGUUGAACCUGAUGCAAAAGAAAUCCGUCCUGCUUGUGACUGGCAGUGGAGCAGUUCGGUGCAGCGAGGCCGUCAAAACUCCCAUGAAAGAUUCCCAACUAUUACAUUUAUCCCGAUUAUUACUAUUGCUUGAAUAUAUGAUGAAACACCUUUACGACGCACCAUCAACGCUACUUGAACAAGUUCAAUGGAACUUAUUCUCCGCAACUAGUCUAGUUUCUGAAACAAAAGAAGGUAAUAAACAAGCGUCGCGAAUAUAUACUCCCUGGAAAGAAAUUGAAGAUAACUAUCGGAAAUUCGGCCCCCAAGAUGAGUUUGCAAUGAGACCUCGUUUUUACAAUUUGACUGCAUCAGAUUUCAACAAUCAAGAUACCCCCAAACUCGACGGAUUGGCAUGUAAUUUUGUGCUGGGGACCCCUGAUAAAAUGAAAUAUCCACUUCUUGUCGACGCAUUGAUUGACAUUUUGAAUGUCAUCAACCAAACGAGUAUGCCUCAAAAAUCAACUUCAGAAAAUAAAGAACGGAUGACAUUUACUGGAUUAUGUGCCACGCAAUACUGCUUCUCCAUCUGUUGGAGGUUACUCUUAAUGCUACCUCCUUCAACACCGUACAUGGAUAAACUUGCCCUCGGGGAAGAAAUUCCAGCAAGUCCAAUGCUCUUGCAUUCCUUAGUUUGGGGACCUAGAGCGGCCUAUAAAACGUUUACCGGAUGGAUGAAAGAUUGUUUGGUAAAGCAGGGCAUGUAUACACAGUAUGCUGAAAAUCUGCUCAAAACUGUUUCUUCAACAGUCAAUUCUUUGAAGUAUGAUGUGACGCUUGCAAAAAGUUGCAUUAAUUCAUUAAAACCUGAAGUAAAUCCGACCGAUAAGAUAAUGCCAAAAUCGGCUUUACCUAAACUCAGUUCACUUUGUAUAUUGGCUGCCGUGAUUGGAAAACUUCAAGUUCUCAUGGAUGAGAGUGUAUCCAAAAGUCCAACCGAUAAUAUUGAGGCUUCAAAAAGUCCCCAGACACCAGACUCUAUUUCAUCAAACAUAAAUAAAAUGGUGGUAGACAUAUUGCCACAUAUUUUGUCUCUAACUGAGGCUAUUCUGGCUUCAUGUAGAUCUAGUCUCCUUUAUCAAAUGCAUGAGUCCUCAGAGCCAGCUGGGAAAUACAACCUGUCUGAUUAUUUAGUACUGGAUGGAAUAAUUUGCAUCGCUGGUGGAAGCUGGGCUUCGGAACCUUCGCUUGUAUCCUUAUUACCAAAUAGUGUUCGUACGGUAUUAGACAAAUGGAAAGCCAUUAGUGUGCCGGAUGUGCCAUGGAAUACGUACGCAAAUGAUAUAAUACCAGCCGAAAGUUAUAUUCUAGCCACAGUAAACCACCAUAUUGGUUCGCUAUCCGAGUAUGGUACUUUUUCUGUUAACCCAUCGCUGAAAAACUUACUACUUGCACUAGUUACUUUCAUCAGAGAAUACAUCAUGAAAACUCCAGAAUCAUCAGAAAUUCGUUCAAGAGCUAUGGAUAUUCUGAUAUCUCUGACAAUGGAUGCUCGUACCGAGUAUCUUCAAGAAGCGACAUCCCAAACAUUGGGAAAGUUGAUUGGUGACUUUGAAAGUGAAGCUAGACAGCUGUGUGAACAUCUUUUUGUUCUAAAUCACACGUACAAUUUGAUCGUGGAUUACAGCAACAAUACAGAGGAUAUCAAUGUCUCGAUUGAUGAAAGAAUCUUGAAGCAGUGCAUCAAAUACUGGGAGCAGUUGUUAGAAAAGCCAGUAGGAUGUAAAGCAUUAGAUAUAUUCUUCACUCCAAACACAAGCACUACACUGGUUUCAGUUUUGUUAUCCGUUGCCUCACCUCAAGCUUCGCCACGGUUCAGUGCUAACGUUCUUCGCUUCUUCAUAAAACUUUUCAAGACAGCUGAGAAGUCGUUCGAUAGUUCACUGGAGCGGCUGUGCAGUUCCGUAUCGAACCUAGCAAAUGUAGACAGUGAAAAAUUACAGGUAUGGUUGCGCCACGUUAUACUGGGAGCUACAAAUAUUUCGCCUAGUGCAUCUUCAACUAACGUCCAAACACCUACUGUAAUAACGGCUACUGCUUUGGUAGCAGUUAGUGGCAAUAGUGAAGAUAGCCAAAAACCGGAAGAAUCCAAUGCACCUAAUAAUGAGCAAAGCCAGUGGACAAUUGCACAAGUUGCACCAGCAAACAAUACUCAGAUUUCAAGUCCCACAGAUGAUCAACAUACAUCACAUGAAAAUAGUCAACUUCUCCAAGCUCUGACCAAUUACAUUGUGAAACAAGACAGUAGCGUGAGUGAAAAUGUAUCAGUGAUUAUUCUACAAGCUCUGAUACCAAUAGGCUAUCACAUUCUCUCGCCAGCAAUCGAAGGUGUUGGAUUCCCAGAACUAAUGCGUGUUAUGUCUACUUUGGCUGAUGCUGGUUCCUACAAAGGACAUAUCCAGUUAUUCAACGCCGCUACAGAGUGGAUUGAACUUUGUAAACAACAAUUGACAACAAAAGACCCACAAACAUUAGACAAACCAUUGCCUUAUGUCGAAGCUGGAUGUUGUGUAUUAAACUACGUUGCAGACAUAGUUGGAGCAAUUUGUCCACAAUUAGCUCAGGGUCAAGAUCGAGCUACAAGUCCACCUUGGGAAGGUGCUACUCCGAUAAAUGACGUUAAUGACAGCGACUGGGUUGAUGAAAUUGCUCACGAUGACGAUGACAGUGCAGCUGAAGACUCUGACGAAGAUAGCCUUUGCAACAAACUCUGUUCAUUCACGAUUACACAAAAAGAAUUCAUGAUUCAACAUUGGUAUCAUUGCCAUACUUGCACCAUGGUUGAUGGCGUUGGAGUUUGUACCGUAUGUGCCCGCGUCUGUCACAGAGGUCAUGAUGUAACUUAUGCCAAGUAUGGAAACUUCUUUUGCGACUGUGGAGCAAAAGCCGAUGGAUCCUGCCAAGCUCUGACUAAACGUAGCCCUCAGAGUUCUGAACAUCAAGUUAGUGGUACUGGCGUCCAUAACACAGGAGCUACUACAGAUAGCAGCACACAUUUGACAAGUAGCUUGAGACGUCGCGCUUCUAGCCCGGAUCACCCCCAUGACAGAUUUGAGCGAAGUGAACGUGACAAACAAAAACUCAUCGCUUUGGCAAAACAACUUGAAGGCACGAAAGACUGGGUCCUAUCUCAAUUAGCUAGUAGUGGACUAGUUUCUUCAUUAGUAGAGUUAACGCGAAGUCUGGUACCAGCCGUGGAUGCAUCUUGUCAGAAGAAUUCUCCGGUUGGUUGCCAUGCUAGAGCCCAAUUGGCUUUGAGACAAUUACAUACACUCGACAAGAAAUUUGAACACACUGAUCAACUCAUGCUUCCAACAUUAGGAUCUCAAGAAGGAGCGUUUGAAAACGUUAGGAUGAACUACGGUGGUGAGCAAGGUCAGACGAUAAGGCAAUUACUGUCAGCACAUUUGAUCCGUCGUGUUGCCAUGUGUUGUUUAUCAUCUCCACACGGAAAAAGACAGCAUUUAGCGGUGUCACACGAAAAAGGAAAAAUAACAGUACUCCAAUUAAGUGCUUUAUUGAAGCAAGCUGAUUCAUCAAAGAGGAAACUGACGUUGACUAGACUUGCAUCGGCACCUAUACCUUUCACUGUUUUAUCAGUAACAGGAAACCAAUGGAAUGAAGAUUUCCUAGCUGUUUGUGGUCUUAAAGAUUGUCACGUUCUAACAUUCAACAGUUCAGGAACUGUUUCAGAUCACUUAGUACUACACCCCCAAUUAGAGACUGGAAACUUCAUCAUAAGAGCAAUAUGGCUUCCUGGCUCACAAACUCAGUUGGCCUUAGUUACCGCCGAUUUUGUCAAGAUUUAUGAUCUUGGAAAAGAUGCAUUGAGCCCUCAGUAUUACUUCCUUGUCCCUACUGGCAAAAUAAGAGACUGUACUUUCAUACAUACGGAAAAUAACUUAUUCCAUUUGUUAUUGAUGUCAUCAGCUGGCUAUAUCUACAGUCAAGCUAUGGACCAAGAAAGUUCUGCUAAACAUGGACCGUUCUAUGUUACUAAUACAUUGGAAGUGUAUCACUCUGAAAUUAAAGACGUUAAUGGGCAGGUUGGGGGUGGAGGUGUGUCCAUAUAUUAUUCGCACGCCUUGCAAUUAUUAUUCUUCAGUUACUCGUCUGGUAAGAGCUUCAUAGCACCACUAAAGUACAUGGAUUUGGAUAUCACGGUCGUUUUCAUGAUAAAUUUGGCUAAUAAUAAGUCAAAUGGAAAUAAAUCAAAUAACAAUCAGCCGCAACCACUGUAUCAAUGGAGUGAAGUUGCCAAUCACCCUGGAAUCGUAUGCUCUGUUUUACAAACUAGCAAUAAUCCAGUGAUUUUGAUGAUCAAACCUGAAUCUGUGAUGAUUCAAGAGAUUAAAGUAAUACCAGCCAAAGCGAAAAUUAUGGAUAUGGUUGCCAUACGACAUCCUAGUUCAAAUGCUGAACACAGAACUACUUUAAUUCUACUUUGCGAAGAUGGAAGUCUUAGAAUUUAUAUGGCUGCCAUGGAACAAACAGGAUUCUGGAUGUCUUCAAGUGUGCAACCAAUUAGUACCAUGACCCCUCUGAAACCAAGUAAAAAAAAGAAAUCCACAAAGACUGGAAAGCCAUCGAAUUCGGUAUCAUUCCCCAUUGACUUCUUUGAGCAUUGUCAAGCAAUGAAUGACGUAGAAUUUGGAGGAAACGAUCUACUUCAGAUAUACAACAUAGCUCAAAUAAAACAUCGACUAAAUACUACGGGCAUGUAUGUUGUUUCAACCAAGGCCAUGGGUUUUAAUGUUGAAUGUACCAAUAGUGAUGCCACAUUGGUUAUGACGGGAGUGCGAGUUUUGCUUGGGAAUCAAGAUGUUCAGAGAGCUCCAUUGUAUGUUGAGGUAUUUGGAAGAAGUGUGAGAACUACUGUGACUUGUAGUCGGUGGUUUGAUAUUCCACUUGCUAGAGAAGAAAGUCUACAAGCGGACAAAAAAUUGACCAUCACGUUUGGACCUUCUCAAGAUCCUGAGGGCGUGAUUAUGGUGGAUUCUAUCAAAGUCUACGGUAAAACAAAAGAUGCAUUCGGUUGGCCUGAAGAAUCGGAAGAAAUUCCAUCUGGACAAUCAGCACCUGCUGUAGCUGCUCCUGGUGUUUCCACAAAUAACGAAACAGAAAAUGCUGUUGUAUCACCGGCACCGCUUACAUCACUCGAUAAACCACCAAAGGAUGAUUCUGUCAAUAUCGAGAGAAUGGUUUCCAGUAUUCUAGAAGUGUUGGAGUCGUCCUUUAUUCUAAUGUCAGGCGAUGACACUAUAACAUCACUAAGAGCAAUGGCAAUUGAAGUUGCUACAAAUCUUUUAACUCUACCUACUCCUGCUCCUGUUCAGAUGCAUACAGUAGCAUUACUCGCUGCAUUGCACAAUGCCAAAACAGCUUAUCACUCCUAUAAGGACCAAGCAUUAUUAUUACAUGUACUUGACUCAUUGAAGGCGAUGCGAAAAAUCAAUGAUCCUAGAGACAUAGAUGCGGAAAACUUUUAUAGACUUGUUCUUAUUGUCAGAAGUAUUGCUGUUGCUAGACCUCAUAAUCUCGCUAAAUUUGCUGAUCAACAUGCAAUGAAACCUUUUGAUGAAGCAAACUUGGUGGUAUUGGAACAAGAUCGCGUUAGUUUACUAAAUCGCGGAACAAUCGAUGCAAAUCAACACAUAGUUGUACAAAUUAUGGAUGUGUUGUGGUCACUACAUAUGGCUUUCCCUAAAAACAUGGCUCUGGCCCCAGUUGUUGUACCAGGCUUAACACACACGGAAGCUACCGUUCACGCAAUUGUUGAAAUUAUACAUUCUUUCACAAUAUGCGAUGUAGAGGCAAAUACGCCCUUGGCUGCCAAACUUUAUCUCCAACUGUUGCUGAAUUCUGACACACUAGUUAGUUUCAGUGCCAAACAGGCAAUAAUCCGGGUACUAAGACCCAGAUAUAAGAGAAGAAGAGUAUACAUACCAAGCCCACCACAUUGCAGCACACCAGCAGCAGUUGAAAACGAAGAAAAACCUGGCCCAGUUUCAUCACAGCCUUCUCAGGAAUCUGGCGAAAAUGAUCAGCACUUUGAUGUUGAAGCUGUCGAACCUAUGGGACUGUUAGGAGCUGAAAAUAACCAAAUACAAGGAGGUGCAUCAGGUCAAGCUGCAAAUGCACUAGAAGCAUUGCUCGGUCCAGGUGGAUUUCCACCCGUAUUGGACAUCCCUCCCGACGCUGAUGAUGAAACUAUGGUAGAACUCGCAAUUGCUCUUAGUCUACAAGCAAAUCUGCAGCCUGGAUUACAAAGUUUACAGGCUCUAGUUGCCGCAGGACUUGUUCAAGAGCAAGGCUCGGCGCAGGGGCCAGAAGGGGGUCAUUAUUCCGAUACAACUGCCUCUGCUGGAGGGUCGGAUGACGAAGGCUCUACCGCAGCUACAGAGGGUAGUACUCUGCGGACAUCUCCUGCGGAACAGGGUGGUAGCGGUGGCAGUAAGGGUAGUGAAAGCGGGGGUAGUGAAAGUGGUGGCAGUGGAGUUGACAGCAUAAUCGGGGAGCACAACGUUUCUGGUCGUAGUUCAGCUUACGGAGAAAAUGCACCAGACAGUAUGCCAACUAUAGGGAUGGGGCAACCUCCCCGUUCUGAAACGAGUUCUCUUGGUGCUCCAACCACAUUUACCGCCACUGAACAGGAAGAAGGCACUGAACAAGAACAUGGUGCAGAACAAGAAAAUGAAGUAGUUGGAGAAAAUACAACAAAGCUGCACUCUAUACGCCUUCUAUUAUUGGAUAGACUUGUCCAAUUCAUACCAAAUCUCACUAAUGUCUCAGGUGUACUCGCGAUUCCGUUCAUGCAGGUUGUAUUGAUGUUGACGUCAGAUCUUGAUGGCCAGGACGAAAGGGACAGAAGCUGUAUUGAAAGCUUAUUGAAAGCACUGGUGAAAGAAUUGGAAAUGGACAAACCGGAUACAACCAAUAUCUGUCAACGCAGUAACAAACGAGAAGUUCACCUAGUUAUCAUGCGGCUUCUGAGUGUUCUCAUGUCACGAUCAAAAUAUAACACCAAAGCUCAAACUGAGAAUCCCAACUUUGUAUCACAAACUUCAGCAGCUAUUCUGAGUAAAGCUGGAGUCAUUGAUUACUGUCUAACGCUGUUAAAGUCAUUACUUGAAUAUUGGAAAUCGACUGCCACUGAGGAAUCUGGUACAGUUAUUGGUGGACAAUUACUCAAAGACCACCUCACAACCGUCCCCCCAGAUAUGUCUCCAUUCUUUCUUCGUCAAUAUGUAAAAGGACAUGCAAGUGACGUUUUUGAUGCCUACCCUCAGUUGUUGACAGAAAUGGCUCUACGUCUUCCGUAUCAAGUUCAUAAAUAUGCGGAGAACACGAUAUCCCAACCAGCUUUUGAGCAGCAGGCUUGGCAUUUCUACCUUUGUGAGUACAUGAUGUCGUAUCAAACUCCAUUCGUACGACGGCAAGUGCGAAAACUUCUACUCUUCAUUUGCGGUAACAAGGACAAGUACCGUCAGCUUCGAGAUCUACAUGCUUUGGUUUCUCACAUUCAGUCCGUUCAGCAAUGCUGUAACACUGGAGGCUACGAUCCUUUGCAAGCCCGACCACACUCGAUCACUCUCCCUUACGACUCAUUAGUAGAACUCAUUGAACAUUUGAAAUGUUGCGUUGAAAUAGCUACAAGCCGUACUGGAAACUGGCAACGAUUCUGUUUGAAACAGAAAACUGUACUUUCCUAUCUGCUUACAAUCUCAACUUUGCUUGACGAAGGUGUUAGUUCGACAGUGCUGCAGCUACUCCAAUGUGCCAUAUGUUCCACUACUAAACCAAGAGAUGCUAAAGUAAAAGAGUCGAAAACUUCUGCUAAUGUUAAAGAACGACGUGAUCGUGAAAAGUCUGAGGACUCUGAUACAGAAGCUAAAUUUGAAGAAGCUCAGUGCGUAACUUUAGUGGAGCAAAUACAGCAACAAGUAUCUCCGGCUUUAUUGACGAAAUUUGUCCAAACAUUCCUUCUGGAAACAAACAAUACGAACAUACGCUGGCAAGCACAUUCUCUCGUGCUGGCAAUUUACAAAAACUGUAAUCCAACGGAUCAAGAAGCGCUACUAGAUCUUUUAUGGCGAUUAUGGCCGAUGCUUCCUGUUUACGGUCGCAAAGCUGCUCAAUUUGUGGAUCUAUUAGGUUACUUCUCCCUCAAAACCCCUCAUACUAGCAAGAAAAUGCAUACCUACAUGGAGCAAGCUGUUACCGUUUUGCACGCGCAGAACCAGUUACUUUCACGACAUCCCAACGCUAAUUUGUACGCUAAUUUGGCACAGUUCGUUGAAUUGGAUGGAUAUUACCUGGAAAGCGAACCUUGCCUGGUGUGCAAUAAUCCAGAAGUCCCAUUGGCAACCAUCAAAUUAUCCUCCAUAAAAGUGGACUCCAAAUUUACAACAACCACACAAAUCGUUAAGCUCGUAGGCAGCCAUACCAUUAGCCGCAUCACACUUCGCAUCGGCGAUUUGAAGAGAACAAAAAUGGUUCGCACUAUCAAUGUAUUCUACAAUAACAGAUCCGUGCAAGCCGUGGUGGAACUAAAGAAUAAGCCUGCGAUGUGGCAUAAAGCAAAGAAAAUUACUUUGGCUCAGGGACAAACUGAAAUCAAAAUGGAAUUCCCGUUACCUAUUGUUGCUUGCAAUUUGAUGAUUGAAUACGCCGACUUUUAUGAAAAUAUUCAAGCUUCUUCAGAAACUCUUCAAUGCCCCAGAUGCUCUGCUAGUGUCCCGGCCAACCCUGGAGUGUGCGCUAAUUGCGGCGAAAACGUAUUCCAAUGCCACAAAUGUCGCGCUAUUAACUACGAUGAAAAAGAUCCUUUCCUUUGCCAUGCUUGUGGAUUCUGUAAGUACGCGAAGUUCGACUACACGCUUACAGGUAGACCAUGUUGUGCCGUUGACCCUAUAGAAAGCGACGAGGACCGUAAAAAAACGGUAGCUACGAUAAACACACUCCUUGAAAAAGCGGAUAGGGUAUACAAGACAUUGAUUUCGAAUAAACCAACGUUGGAAAUGUUACUCGUUAAAAUUUCUGAACAUCGUUUAGAUAGAGGACUAGAAGAUGGCGUUCAGGUUUCAGGCAGUACUCAAGUUAAUCGUGCUAUCCAAUUACUUGCUCAAAGAUACUGCGGUGAGUGUAAAACUUCUUUCGAAGAAUUGAGCAAAAUCAUUCAGAGAGUCCUUGCCUGUCGAAGAGAAUUGGUGGCUUAUGACAGAAAUCAACGAGAUCAAACUGUUACUACGAGUUCUUCAGACCAUGCAUCUACUAGUGAUGGAGCCUUGAAAGAAGAAAUAAUCGUUCCUCCCGUGGGAAGAUGCUACGGAUGUGCGUCCGCUGCUACAGAACAUUGCCUCACGCUUCUCCGUGCCCUGGCUACAAAUGGUGCUGCAAGAGAACUCUUGUGCAAACAAGGAUUGAUCCAAGAACUCGUUGAAAACAAUUUGCGCAAAGGAACCGUUCAAAUGCAAGAGGAAGUACGUCAAUUACUUUGUCUUGUAACAAGAGAUAAUAUGCAUUCAACCAAAGAGCUCUGUGCACUUCUGACUGGGCGUGUAACAAUGACUUUGAAGGGUCGUGUCGCAGCUUUUGAUUUAGCUCUUGCGGUUAGACACGAAAUGGCACUUCUGGCUGCACUUGUACAAAAAGAAGAUGCGUGCUGGGAGCAAAAAUUACGUUGCGUAAUGCAGCUGUUUUUGAUGGCAUGUAAGGAUUCCAAGAGUCCUGUUGUAAUGGAAAGCAUUAUUUUGCCAUGUCUAAAGAUUCUACAAGGUCUUAUCAAACCCGAUCAACCUGUUUCGAAGAAAAACAAAGAUAAAACAAUUGAAUCCCUUGCAACUAUUCAACCUCCGGAGGGAGUGAGUAUCGAUGUUGGAAAAUGGUUAAGCGGCGAUCCAAAACACUCCUACUCCGAAUGGCUUCAGCGUAUGCCAGCAAAAAAAUCAGAACGUCCUCCCAGCAAACCACUCAAAAAGGAAGAAGCCCGUGUAUUAUAUCUGAUAGAGAAGUAUGGACAUCGCUGGCAUUAUCGCUGUAUGCGACUUCGAGGUAUUCAGCCCUUGAAACUAGCUGAUGGAGCCUGGCUCAAAGAAGUUCUAUUCAAUCCUAGUUCCAGACUAGCUCGACAAGUGGCAUGUAACAUGGUGGAAAGCCUGUGCCAAGGCACAGAGCGUAAAAAAGAAGUACUUGUACUUCUAACGUGCUACUUGGAAGAAUUACGGACUGCAGGCGAAAGUAGCACAGAAUUCCUAGCCCUUUAUCAGAUUCUGAUUCGACAACCGCCGUGGAAACAGUUCCUAGCAGUUCGUGGCGUUAUGUCCUUGCUAGCCGAUCUUCUCACCCGAGAAAUUGAAGAGUUACAUCGUCUGGAAGAAACUACUCUCACAAGUGAUCUUGCACAAGGCUAUUCGCUGAAAAUGUUGACGGAAUUGUUAGCCACAUUCCUUGAACAAGAGAAUAUCAAACAACAGUACAAGGGCCGCCUUGUAGGAGCGGUGCUUAACGGGUAUCUGUCACUACGUCGUUUGGUAGUCCAGAGAACAAGGCUCAUUGAUGAUACUCAAGAAAAAUUGCUCGAGCUCCUGGAAGAAAUGACAUCGGGUACAGAAGCAGAAACCAAGGCUUUCAUGGCUGUCUGUGUGGAAACAAUUCAAAAGUACAGCAUUCUUGAUGUACGCACGCCUGUUUUCAUAUUCGAACGCUUAUGUUCGAUCAUAUACCCUGAGGAAAAUGAUAUCGGUGAAUUCUUUUUAACCCUUGAAAAAGAUCCUCAGCAGGAAGAUUUCUUGCAGGGUCGGAUGUUGGGUAAUCCAUACAGCAGUCAUGAGAUAGGCUUAGGUCCUCUGAUGCGAGAUGUCAAAAAUAAAAUCUGUCAAGACUGUGAACUUGUUGCUUUACUAGAAGAUGAUAACGGAAUGGAAUUGCUGGUGAAUAACAAAAUAAUCAGCCUUGAUUUACCAGUGAAAGAGGUGUACAAAAAAAUUUGGGUACUGGAGGGUGGUGAGUGCGAUGCUAUGCGCGUAGUCUAUCGCAUGCGAGGACUUCUCGGUGAUGCCACUGAAGAAUUUGUCGAAACCUUGAAUGCAAGUAGCGAACAAGAAGUUAACAACGAAGAAGUUUAUAAGAUGGCUAACGUCCUCGCUGACUGCGGAGGUCUCCAAGUUAUGCUCGAUAGGCUUGCAGCUAUUCGGGAUGUAAGUAAAGCAAGGCCGCUCCUUCAAGUGUUAUUGAAGCUUUUCAGAUUAUCUGUCAAAGUGAAAAAAAAUCAAGAAGUACUGAGCAGACCUGAGUUGGGUGCUGUCACAGUGCUUUUAGAUGUGCUCCAGAGAUGUGUUGUUAGCGAGCCUGAUAACUCUCAAGCAAAAAUUACUGAACAGCUGCUAGAUAUCAUGGAAACGAUCCUAGCAAAUGCAGCAUCUCAAUCUCUAUCUUCAUUCGAAGCUUUCUCUCGAACGCUUGGAGGUCCAGAACAUGUUAAAGCUUUAUUAUCCUGCACUCAAUCAGCAGCGGUCAGACAGAGUAAUAACGUACUAGUCCACCUUGCGCGUGUACUUGCCGCACGGACAUAUGGCAAUCAAGAAAAAAUGGCUCUCUUAUGUGACUACUUCAAACCAGUAUUAGAUUUUUACAAGUUUGAUUUCGAACAUACCGCAGAGGAUGAGCAAAAGUUGGAACUCUUCUGUAUUCUCACACAAGGAAUAGAACGGAAUGCUAUCGGAAAUACUUUGAAGGAUCACAUAAUUAAUAUGGGCAUUGUGAAAGAUGCUCUCGAAUAUAUCACAUUACAUGCCCCAUGCGUAAAACCCACCCUGCUUCGAACAGAUAGUGACGAAUUGAAGGAGUUUAUUUCUAAACCUGCACUCAAGUAUAUCUUGAGGUUUCUUACUGGUUUGGCAACAGAUCACGAACCAACACAGUUGGCUGUUUCCCAGGAUACAAUUCCGAUAAUUCACAGACUGGAACAAGUUUCGUCCGACGAACACGUGGGUUCAUUAGCCGAAAACUUACUUGAAGCAUUACGUACCAACGAAAGAGUAGCGGAACUUAUCGAAGAAGCUCGUCAACACACCCGUAGCGAAAAGAAACGAAUGGCAAUGGCAAUGCGUGAAAAGCAGUUGGGUGCGCUUGGUAUGCGAACAAAUGACAAAGGCCAAGUAACAGCUAGCGGUACUAUUCUCCAACAGAUGGAAGAUCUGGGAGACGAAACUGGACUUGUUUGUGUCAUUUGUCGAGAAGGAUAUAAGUUCCAACCUAAUAAGGUUCUUGGGAUUUAUACAUUUACAAAACGUUGCAACGUAGAAGAGUUCGAAACGAAGCAAAGAAAAACGGUAGGAUACACAACUGUGACACAUUUCAAUGUUGUUCAUGUCGAUUGUCACAUGUCUGCGGUGCGACUAGCACGUGUAAGAGAUGAGUGGGAAAGCGCAGCGCUGCAAAAUGCCAACACCAAAUGCAAUGGACUCUUGCCAUUGUGGGGUCCCCAAGUACCAGAAUCUGCCUUUGCUAGCUGUUUAGCUCGGCAUAAUACAUAUCUACAGGAAUGUACCGGACAUCGAGACAUUUCCUAUACAUCUACGGUCCAUGAUUUGAAAUUGUUAUUGCUACGUUUCGCACAAGAGAAGAGUUUCCAUGAUGAUACAGGUGGAGGUGGACCACAGUCAAAUAUGCACAUGGUUCCAUAUCUCAUUCACAUGGCUCUUUAUGUCAUAAACACAACUAGAUCAUCAGCCAGGGAAGAAAAGGCUUUGAUCAGCUAUUUAGAAGCGUCGCCAAGUUCAGCGUGGUUGGAAAGCUGCUAUGAAGCUGAAGGACCGUUUUUCCAAUGCACUCUGUCCUUACUUUUGCUUUCACCAUCAAGAUGGGCCCAAUUCAGACUCUCCCAUUUGCGAAGACUUAUCGUAACAGCCCACCAGAGGCAUCUCUCGCCCUCAACAUCGAAUAAAACUCUUUCUGACACAACGGUGAAAGAUUACACGGUCUACAAAAGUGCUUUAAUCUUCUUUGGACUCGUAGAUUCCAUCUACUCGAAUCUUUUCAAAAAAGUCAAUGUCAUAUCCGAUGAUCAAUGGCCUGCAACUCUGGCUGAAUAUAUAAGGCAUAAUGAUGAAGCUUUAUUGAAAGCUUCGGAACGAGUUCUUAAAGAAUAUAGGUUUGAAAUGCUACCCUGUCCGUUGUUUGACGAAUUUUGUGAUUAUGCAGGUUUGCUUGAAGAAAUCGAAAAUCCCUCAACAUACAUAAGAGAUCUGUUACAGGGUUUAGCUUAGGUACAUCUCACGUGCCACUACUUCCUGCUUGAUCCCCAUUUAAGUUUUCUGUAAUUAGCCUAACUUUUUUAAUUAUAAUACACACACAAAGUAUAGAUAAUCAAUCCCUACUCAAAAAAAUAUAACUUGUUUAUUUAUCUUUGAAAUAUUUCGUUUAAAUUUAUUAUAUUAUGAGUUGAUAUUUGCUGUGGUUAAAAAUGAUGUAUAUCUAACUCUGUAUUGCGAUGUUAUUUAUGCGUAGAUAUAAAAAUAAAGAUUGUGCUUUCGGAAAAAUA